GGUACCGUAGUUGGGCUAGAGAACUGUAACAUUCGUUAAGAAGUCAACUUUUGAGACGAUUCAAAGUAGAAAACAAAAACCGGAAAUCAUUGUGGACUCGUUGUGUUGCCCUGCGCGUGCCAGAUCAGAAGUGAAGUACAUGAAAGCUGUUCCUGUUUUAACAUUCAUCUGCUUCUCAGUGGAUAAACAUGAAGCGAGCAGACAAGAAGGCCAAGAUGGCGACCGACAGCAGCGACGAAGAAGACUCUGAUGUGGAGAAGAACUUCGCUCUGUUGAUGGAGAGAGGAGCUCAGGAGGUGGAGGAAUGCAGUGAGGAUGAAGAGCGAGACGAUGAAAGAUCUGAUGACAAUGAAGAAGAGGAGGAGGAUGAUGGCAGUGAAGAUGAGGAUGAUGGCAGUGAAGAUGAGGAUGAUGGCAGUGAAGAUGAGGAUGAUGGCAGUGAAGAUGAUGGCGAUGAGGACGAGUCAGAGAUUCAGACGAGAGAUGACAUAAAAAAAGAACUUUCCAAAAUGUCCUUUGAGGAAGUCAUGGAACUUCAGAAUAAAGUGGGCACCAAAGUGUACCAGGAGAUGGCUUACGGUCCCACCAAGCGUCAGCAGAGCGCCAAGCGCAAACGUGUCAACAAGAACAGGCCCAUGGAGAUGUCCUCCAAGAAAGCGGCGCCAUUUCUUCGCCAGGUGGUUCCUGUGAAGAAAGCGACGCUACGAGACCCUCGCUUUGACGACCUGUCGGGAGAGUACAAGGCGGACAUCUUUGAGAGGACGUACAACUUCAUUCAUGACAUCAGACGGCGAGAGACGCAGGCCAUCCAAAAGGAGCUGAAGAAGACCAAGAACACCGACGAGAAGGAGAAACUCAACUUCCUCCUCAAGAAAAUGGCCAAUCAGGAGCGAGCAAGACUGAACAGAGAGCAGCAGAGGGAGCAGGAGCUUCAGUUCAAGAAGGAGCAGCGAGAACAAGCUAAUAAAGGAGCGCGACCCUUCUUCCUCAAAAAAGGCGAUAAGAAGAAGGUGCGUCUGGCCGAGAGGUAUACUCAGCUGAAGAAGAGCGGAAAGCUUGAGAAAUUCCUGAGCAAGAAGAGGAAGAGAAAUGCCAUCAAAGAUCGCAGGAAGUUGCCACGGCAACAGCAGAACAAGCCGGGAAAAGCACAGUGAGGGUGAUGCAUUCCAGGUCAUACGGACGCUGUACGCUGUGGGGAGGGUCUACUUCAGGUUGGUCUACGUCCGCAUAGGACCAGCUUAUUUUAUUGUUUUUCUUCAUGUAAAAAUCAUAGCUUACUUAAUCUUUUUCAAUAAAUGAAACAAACAUCUUA